GAAAACUAGAAGAUAAGGUGGGGCACUGCUUAGACCAUCAUCACUCCAUAUCCUGCGAUCGCAGGGAGAAACGGAACAACGAACGACAGCGACUCGGCGGCAGGCAAAAUAUCCCGGAUCCAGAACCUGCACCAGGAAACCUUUGCAACAACCAAACCUCUUCUCACCCAUCUUCCUGGACUUCCCCCAAUCUCAACAACCCAUCCACUCUCCGUUUCUUUUUGACCUGUCAACAACCAUCCAUCGCCUUACUUGUUCGUCCAUCCUCAACGAUAUCGAAUUUCCUGCGGCUUGGCUCGCAUUGUCUGGAUAAACCCCCCAGGGGCGAUCAAGACCUCAUUGUCCCAAGGGGAAUCUCGGGUUCGAGUUUUCUCGUGGCCUUGGAUUCGAUCUCGUGGGGAAGAGAUAAAUAAUACAGAGGAAAUAAUAAUACUAAUAAUAAUACCGACACAAAAUGGCCGAAGUCGAAAGCACCGUCGCGGACGACUCGUUCGCGCAGUCCGAAGCCCCCGAUGACCAGCCCACGCACAGCGCGACCGUCAGCGCGACCGUCGGCACGAGACGACAGGCAAAUGGAACGAUUGGAUCUGUGUAUUCGGGAAACAAGAUCAGGCAUCUCAAGAAGGAGGAUGGGAUUCCACUCUGGCGCAAGGACAUCCAGCACCAGUUCCUGAGGCUGGUGUUUGAGGACAAGACGCCUGUCUUUACUCGCUAUUCGGAUGGGCAGAAGAAUAUGGACUUUGCGGAUGUCUAUAUCGAUGCCAUGGCGAGGAGUAGCAAGACGAGCAAGAUCCUCAAGGACAAGCUUCAGAAUGAUAAGCAGGCUGCCAUUAGCAUGGCUAUGGUUUGUUUGCUGGUGAACUUUGGUCGGAUGAAUACUACGCUUAACUUUUUCCCUGAGAUGCGUGCUCAGCUGCGGACCUACCACUCCAUCCCUUCGUUACAAGCACACCAAGAUCCCAAUGCAUACAAACAACUUCAAGAUGCGCCCCGUCUCAAGUCCAUACUCAAGGGUGCCUCGGAGGAUGUUGACCAGCCGAAUACUCUGGAGAAAAUCAAGCGUCAUCCCAUCCCCCGUACCAAUCCCGUCAACCUCAUCUUCGUCCUGGCUCAAUAUGCACCAAAGGUGUCAGAACUGCACUUCUUCCCGCCUCGCGAUUUCUUCGAUCUUGUCAUGAGAGCUACGCUCAGUAGUAAGAGUCGUGCAAAGGCUUUUCUUUGGCUCAUGUGGUGGUACCUGGAGAGUGAUCACUCACAAGAGGCUGCCCUCAACAAUCCGUUUGGUCCAGGUCUUGAGGGUGAGGGCACCGAGGGGUUGCCCAUCAAGGUGCCGAACUUUGAGAGCCUUACUGAGGAGCAGGCCAACGAGGAGAAUGUGGACACACAGUCUGAGAUUGAAUACGGAGAAACAAAGCGUCUGGAACGUAAACGUAUCUUGGAAGAGGAUGAGCCAUUGCCUAGGGUAACAAAGCGCUCCAAGAAGGGCAUGCAAGAAUACGGUUAUGAUGAUGAUCAAGCUUCAGGGGAUCUUUCGGGCAUCGCUUCCGGCCGCGACAGAAUGAGUUUCGGCAUGUCAACUCCGUUGCACUCGUCCAGCAAGCGCCAUCCGAUUGAUGAUGAGGAUGAGGAGCAAACCCCCGGGCAAUCGGCGCGGUCAAAGCACAAGCGACCCAAGCGAGAGUCCUCUCUCAACCGUUCGGUGGGCCAGCAGCGUCUCAUCCUAAAAACGAAGAUGGAGCAAACUCCCGACGCAGCGUCCCCAGCACCACCAGGCUCUGGACAUCCAAUCCUGAAUCGGUUUGUUACAGAGCCAUCUCUGUCCCAGCCAAGCUCAGCCCGUCGCCCCCGGCCUCUUACCCAGCACCAGCUUGCAGUGGAACAGAACCGACGUCAGCGGAUCGAGUAUCUCUUGGCCAAACGGAAGAAUGAAGCAUAUGAGAUUCUCCGCUUGAAGCGGGAGAGUGAAAUCCCAUUCGCACGCUACGGGCGUAUGCUGCAAAGUCUCCCCGAUGGCUAUGACACGGACGAUGAGGAGCAUUCGUGGGGCAAGGGCGGGAUAACCCCCAACCCCCAAGAGGAAGAAGACUUUGGCGAGUGUGCCAGCUUUUUCCUGUCGGUGGUCCGAAAGGCCGCAAGACGGCUCGACCGAUGGGACUACGAGGAUGCCAACGGGCCUAGAAAGGACCGAAAGAAGGAGAGAGAAGAACGCCAAAAAGCAAGACAGAAUGGAUUGGCACUGGACAAUUCUCUGGAGCUCGGUGGACGUGUCCCAUCUUCAGCUCGAAGCAAAGCCCGCGCCGCCCGAAACGCCAAACGCAAGCUUGCUGCCGCCGCUGCGGCUACACCCAAAGACCAAACCGGCUCCUCUGCCCCCCGACCCAAUCGGAAUCGCAAUCGUGGUAACCGUGCUGGAGGCGCGGGUGCGACGGCGGCUGGUUCUGCCAAGGACAGCUUCGAGGCGCGGUCGCAGGACCGACCGGCAGGAGAUGAAGAUGGGGACAUCGAAGGCGAGGAGGGACUCGAUGACAUUGACCGGGAACUCCUUGGUGAGGGAAGUGGCGAUGAGGAAGCACACGAUCCCCAUGCCCCUCGCCCUGUCGAGCCAGGCUUCGAAGAUAGCUACAUCGGCGAAGAUGCCGAGGCACUGUCGUCAGACGAUGAAGCUGAUGACGAUGACCUUGACGACAACUCGUCAACUUACGAAGGGGCCAAUGGCUAUGCAGGCAGUGAGAGCUCUUCUGUGGCAGGUGAGGGUGUUGAUCCGGAAGCAGAACCUGACAUUGAACCAGAGGCCGUAGCGAAAGCAGACGAGGUCAUGGAAGAUCAGUAGGCCGGGUAUGGGGAUGAAUAGGCGUGGUCUAGAGCGUUAGAUGGUUGUUUUUUUGUCUGUCUAUCCUUGACCCCAUUGCUUUUGUUUAAUUGUUUUGCCUACAGGCUAUAUUUUUCUUUUCUUUUUCUUUUCUUUUUCUUUUCUUUUUCUUUUU